UUUUUACGUGUGUGCCCAUAUCAGCAACGGCAUCUUCUCACACGCCCGUGAAGAAACACAUUGCGCCACCAACCACCAAUCCAAUCUUCUCCAACGCAUCAUUUCACACUCCAAUCAUCCUAAGUUGUUGAUCCCAUAACAGAACAAAAGAAAAACACCAAUUAAUAAAUCCCAAAACCCAAAACCAUUUAUUUUGCCUUGUUCCAUUUCGUCUGGUCCAAAAAAAUCAGGAACAACAAUGGGUUUGUUGGAUCUGGAGAAGCACUUCGCGUUCUACGGCGCGUACCACAGCAACCCCAUGAACGUGGCGAUCCACACGCUCUUCGUGUGGCCUAUCCUCUUCACGGGCCAAAUGAUCCUAUACUUCACCCCACCCCUCUUGACCACCGUAGGGUUCCUUCCCACGGUGUUGGUCCUCAACUGGGGCUUCUUCUCCACCCUCUUCUACGCCCUCUUCUACGUCGCCUUGGAUUACAAGGCCGGCUCCCUCGCCGCCUUCCUCACCUUCUUCUGCUGGCUCACUUCCAGCUUCAUCGCUAAUUCCCUCGCCUGGACGCUCAGCUGGAAGGUUGUGUUGGCUGCUCAGUUGUUUUGUUGGACUGGACAGUUUAUUGGUCAUGGCGUGUUUGAGAAACGUGCACCAGCUCUGUUGGACAACCUUGCCCAAGCUUUUCUGAUGGCUCCUUUCUUCGUGUUGCUAGAGGUCCUCCAAUUUGUUGGAUAUGAACCAUAUCCAGGAUUCAAUACAAGGGUGAAGGCAAGGAUAGAUGCUGAUAUCAAACAAUGGCAGGCCAAGAAACAAAAGAAACAUUCUUAACCUGAACAUGUUAGUUACAAAUGUAAUGCUAUAGAUCACUUCAACAGACACAAAAUGAAAAACCAUACGUAUUCUACAGACACACUCUUUAGUUAUUGUUCCAACUCUGAUGGCCAAGAUCCUCAUCUCCUUUAAAUUUGUUAACAUAAAUAUGAUCUCAGUCAUGACUUUAGUCUCAAAAUACAUCAUUUCUACCUUCAUCUA